CUCGAGUCUAUGAGGUCGAGUAAAGACUAAAGGCAAACACCAGUAAGCUCCUCAAACUUGUGACGUUUGUUUUGAUUUAUAACAACAGUGAAGCAAGUCCCACAAUUCAAUGGCAGAGACAUCGUCACUAACCCAAGGAAAGGUCCCUGAAGGAGUCCAGCCAGAUCUGGGCACAGCUUUCCAUCAACAAUCCAACCCAAUCGGGGCUGUCACCAAUGACUCAGAGGCUGGUGAUCCCUGCCAUGCUAUGAAGAGUGCUGCUCUGAAGGAAGACAAUGUGCCUGGAGCCGGCUGCUCAGAGAGGCAUAUGCAGAAUAAAGUUAAAGCCAUAGGCCAAGGAAUGAAGGCAGCCUGUCUACAGUGGGAACAAGUGAUGGUUGAGAGCGAGCAGUUUGAGCUGCUGUGCCCCACAAGGGUAGAAAAGUUGCUCCAGGAGGCUAAAGCCAUGGAGGCCCGCCUCCUCUAUCAGAAGGAACAGCUUAUCAACCGCCUCAAGAAACUCUCCCAGACUCUCCAGGUGCUAUCUUAACUGUGUUCGGCUCAAGGGUUGCAUGUAAUCCAGACACAAUCAACAGUUAUGAAUGGGGGCUCUAAAAGCAACCCCUUCAGUUGAGGUACUCUGACAUAUAUCAAAUUUGGCUCCAACUCUGGUGCCCAACCUCUAUGUAAACGCAAUACGGGGCCAUUUCGCACUUACUCAAAAUCAAACUCCAGUUGAAUGUGGUACCAAACUAGUCCAGUGUUUAAAUUUUGGAGAUUUGAGAAAGGUAUCUUACUUCAGAAAUGCCUGUAGAAAGGGACGUUCUGUUGGAGCAUAGCGUAAAACUUCCAAGUGUACAGUGAUAAAACCUUACAAGGAAUUAGUCCACCAAUUAAAUACUUCAGCAUAUGCGUACAGUAUGAUUUCAGAACACUACAUGUUUCUGUGUGCAGUUAGUCAGGUCUCAAAGUAAAGCUUGAUGUCCCCAAUUUUUGAAGGCAUAAUUGUAACUGCUGUAUAGUUCUAUAAAAUGUUAUUGAUUCAUUCUGUGAUGUUCAUAUUUUAGUAUGAAAGGACAUGUUUUAGCCUGAUGUUAGUGUAUAACUGUUGUUUUCAAUUUGAAAGAAUAGUAUGUAAGUUUUAAUAGCAACUUUUUCCCCCUGAUUCAGAUACAUGAACAAAAACAAAAAGACUAUCUUGCCCUUGUUCAAUAUCAUCUUUUAUUGCAGGCUUCUUGAUACAACCAAUUUUGAAAAUUUUCACAGUUACUAAGAAAAGACAGUAGUAUGAUACAAAUCCCUGGCAUUAUGUCCAAACUUUGAUUAAUAAAGUGACUGGAUCGAGGAAUGCUUCAGACCAAUUCAUGAAACAUGUAGAAUGCUGUUAAAUGCCACUGGUAAUGUGGCGUAAUAAACCUAGACAUCUUCAAGUACUUUUCCAGCCUAUAUGAAGCCACUUCUUAAAUCUGCUGUAACAUUUGUAAUGAGCUGGUUUAGUAUUCCAACAGUGCUUGCCCAAAUGAAGUCCCUCAGAGUUCACUCGGAGACAGCAAUUAAUGCAUACCUGCUUUGUUUUCCAAUGACCUUUCCUGUUUACCAUACCAAACUGGCUCGUUGUAAAGCUCAUUUCUCUCGAUUCUUUUCCGCACACAAAUACACAACGUGUUUGUAUCUUGCCUAAAGCAAUAUACACAUUGAACUUGAAAACAAGACAAGUUGUGUAUGGCAGCCACGUUUCUGGUAACCACUUUUGUGACACAGGGAUAGCAUAAAAGGCCUACAAAAGCUCUUCACGGAAAAAUGGUUGCCAUGCAUAACCGCUACACUAAAAGUGCACUUACUGUAACAUUCAAACCAGUUGCAUACAUUUUAUAAGUGUGGCAUGAGCCUCAUUUCAUGCAAAGACAUAGGCUGUUCAGAGUUUCUCUAAGAACUGGUUAACAUGUCAAAAAAUUUCUAAAUAUUUUAAUUUAAAUAGACUGAACAACUCUUUGAGAAAAAGAAUUACUUUCAAAAGUGUCUCCAAAAAAAAAUCUGUGAAGUUUUCAGAACGUGAAAAUUUAUUCAAAAUUGUAAGCGGAAUACAAGGAUGGUGCACGGAAUUGGAAAGUACACAUUUGGGUACAUUGUAAAGGAUGAGCAUGGUAAACUCUACAGUGAUGGCCUACUUCUUUAUUCCAUACAUGUUCAUAUUGAUUAAACCUGAUAUGAACAAGUUAUCUGAAACCAAACCAUACAAAAGAUCAUAUGCAUCUUGGCAUGAACAGAUAAAAAGCAGUUUUUAGCUUGUUAUGGUUGACAUCUAAAGACAAAUGACACUGCAUUCGAUUUAGAUGCUUCCAUAUUCAUUUGAAAAAAAAAAAAUCAGAGAAAACCUGUUUUCUUUGGCAGUGCCCUUUAAGAAUGUGGUAACCCCACUCCUUCAGCCUGGGGAAGCAAGACCCUUGACCAUAAAUUUGGUAAGGUAUGCUGCCUAAAAAUUGUGCAAGUGAGAUCUUUAAGCCAAUGAGAAUCUGGUUUGUUUCAGUGGGUUGCUUGGAAAAAGGGGUGGCAUGAUCUAGGCCAUGCUCUCAUUCUUGUCACAGUAGGAUUGUAUAAUACGUAUGGGGAAAUUGAUGCUUUUCACCUCGGAUUGCCAGAUUUGAGUCUCCACAUGUGGAACCUGUUUACUGCUUAUGUAGGGAGCGUGUGUAACCAGGUCGAGUUUUCGUAUUCUCUACUCUUACCCGACACCGGUUCCUGCUAAUUUUUCUUCUGUUCUUAGUCACGCUCCACUUUUCUGUACGUGAACGCUGUAUGUAGUGCAUGUACUGUGCAUGUGCGCGGCGGCGUUUCUUUCUCGAUCGCUUGCGCGCAAAUAUUUAUAGCGCCCUCUAGCGAUACACAAAACUUUUUUGUCACUGCGCGCGUCUCCAAAAUUUAAGAAUGUCGUUCUUUUGUUUAAAUUCAAUACCGGGCAUUCUUGGGUGUCAGCUGCGUACCGGGCAUUCUAGGGCGUCGUUGAAUUAACUUGUAAAGUAACACAGUAGCAGAAGGCUGAUUUCGAUCCAGCUACAACAGCUACCGCACGUCGACCUGUUUGCUCGUGCAUCUACACAGAUUUUGUGCAGCACUUGCCAUCAUUUCUGCCGCACAUGAAUCAUAAAGGUAUGAACGGCCAGUCCCGGUGGACAAUGGAAUUUGGAGCGUGUGGCACAUUGUGUGUGAACCGGGUUGGCACCCCCCAUGGGAUCAAGGAGACAAAAAAUGAAGAAAGGAGAUCCCCUUCGUGCGGUUAGGGAUGGUGAUCUGUUGUUUUUGCCAUGGUUUGACAAAACAGCAAGUCGACAUUGUCACCUUGGUUCUCAACCAUUCAACAUUUGAGGAUGUUUGUGCCCGUGAGCAACGGGAACCUUGAAGAGUGGACACACCAGUUGCCAUGGAAUGCUACACGUACUUCAUGGGUGAAGUAGACUGAGCCGAUCAAGGCAUGUGGUAUUACUUGAAUAUCUACAAAACUCUCAAGUGGGGGAAGAAAGUAUUCCUCUGCCUACUUGAAGUUUGCUGCGUGAACAGCUGAAUUAUAUGAAAAACACUUCAACCAGCUACAUGACAAAAGCCAGAGAAAUUCCGUUAUGCAAUUUCCUCCAUGAGGGGCAUAUUUGGCCAGACAGAAGACCUGGGGGGAGAUCCCUCGACCAGCCGUCAUGUCUGACUGAACGGCAUUUCUUGAAGUACAUCACCGAAGUGACAGCAGCUGGCCCCAAGUCCAGACCAGACUGUACUGUGUGUUCCAACUGCAGCAUCGAGUGCCACCAGACUGAGUAUGCUUGUGAGGAGUGCGACUUGACGAUGUGCCGAGCGCCAUGUUUCCACAGAUAUCACACUCUAGUAGACUGGUAUAAAGCCACCUUCUGAGCCAGGCUAUCACCGAGUUUCUGUCCUUGCGUACCUGACCCGAACAUGUAAUUUCAGAUGCAGCGUGACUUACAGAUGCCGAACGUGUGGCAUAUCCCCCUGCAUGUCGAUCUGUGCAGACUGCUUUCAUGGUGGAGAUCACACUGACCAUGACUUCAAUAUGUUUCGAAGCCAGGCUGGAGGGGCUUGCGAUUGUGGAGACCCUAACGUGAUGAGGAGUACAGGGUUUUGUUCACUACACGGUCCGGAUAAGCUGAAGAACCUGACUGUUCCAGCCGACUUGUUGCCCAUGGCAGAUGCUGUGGUCCCAAGGGUUGUCCUACGAUUUGUUCUGUAUCUACGGGAAAUUUUUGAGAAAAGGUCAGAAAUUCCCAUGGUACGCAUUAAUUUGCAUGAGGGAGAGCCACUCCUAGGUCUGCUUCAUGAAUUAUGCAACAUGGGCGGAGCAAUGCGAAGCGUAAUGACAAGGGCCCUGACAGACCAGGAGCUCUACAAGAACCUCAAUGAGGGAUCGAGCGGUUGCUACAGUCAGCACAAACAUCUCAUCAGCCAAUCACUGGAGAUCUUGAAGAGUGCACAAACUAUUCUGAAUGUUCCAGAAUCACCAAAGUUCUUGAGAGGUAAUCCUGCUGUUACGUAUCCGCUGGUGUCACUGAGUUUUGUUGAGGAGCUGCUGUUUUGGGCUGUGAUAUUUGAGUUCCCUGAGAAGAUUGUAACUCUUUUGCUAAAAAUGCUGCCAGACAACAGUUACAAGGAAACCUUCACCCGGUCAUUUGUGAAAUUCUACGGUCGCAUUGCCAUGUCCCUAGCCUCCUCCACCACCCCGGAGAGGUUGUCCAGCCGUGUGGUGCAUAUCAGCGUUCAGCUCUUCAGCAAUGAGGACUUGGCCAUACAGAUGACCGAGGAGCUCCAACUGAUCCAUAUACUGAUCGUGUCCCUGCAGUGCCUGUUGAAACGCACCCUGACGGACAACAAUUUGAAGGGUUCUCCUGGUAAUCACAGGACUUGUCAGGUGGUCAGUUGUGACCAUCAGGUGAUGCAGCAGCAUUGCUAUUGGCCGGUCAUCAGCGAUUUCUCCAACAUCCUCUCCCAUCGUUCGGUGGCCAACAAGUUCUUCACCGACCCCAGCCUGGUCAAGAUGUGGACCAACAUACUGGCUAUGUUUAUGUGUAUGAAUCUGAACGAGAGAGAGCUUCACAACCAUGUUGAGUUUGAGCCCCACGCCUACUCCAUAGCGUUCUCAGCAGAGAUAGAGGCCUGUGCUGCACCCAUGUGGCAGCUCUACGUCCAUUGCAAAGAUGAGAGCACAGCUCACUUUACCCAAGCUCUUCUGAAUGCAUGUUCAGAGACCAUAACAGACUGGCUUGAAGCGGCAGAUGUUUCCAAGUCUCUAGACCCUUACCAAGUGUCCUUCCAUAUCCCACUGUUGCGCUACUAUGCUCUCUUCCUCAGCCAGGCAAUCACAAAACAAGGAAUGGACAUCAAUCCAUCAAAAGAGUUCUUAAAACAAUUGAUGAAUUUUCCUUUACAGAUUCAGGCUUUGGUUGGUGAAAUAUCCUGCGGUUUGUGGGUGCGCAACGGUUUUCAAAUCAGGCGGCAAGCGUUUACUUAUGUGCAGUGUCACUUCUGUGCCUCAAUGGUCGACUUAGAUCUGUUCUUUCUCCAGGUUUGUGCAUGCCACCUGGAUCCAGACUUCUUUGUUCAAAAAGUAUUUUCAAGCUUCAAGGUGCUGGAGACUCUGACAUUCAACCUCUAUCACAGCAACAGUCACCUGGAACCAGACAAGGAGUCGGCCAUGUUGGAGAGCGCCCUCAGCUUACUGGUGACGCUUCUCAGCACCAGAACCCAUGUGGGAGCCACCGAUGAGGAAUUACUUCGCCGGGAGAUGGUUGCCCUACUCUGCAUGCAUGAUGCAACUCAUAGCCGGCUCACAGAUCAAAUUCCAGAGAAGACUGGAUUGUUCAGCACCAAUGAGAACUUUGAGCCACUGCUUGCUGAAGUUGCGACUUACCACGACCCUUUGUCAGAGACGGGCAGUGGGGGACUACAGCAAGGACGCUAUUCACCCAAACCCAGCAUCUGGGAGACGGAAUUUGACCCGGUCCAUGUCCUGCUGAGAGCCAUGCAGAAAAAGGACUUCCAGAAUGCCAUGGAUCGAUACAAUGCGCACAUGAAGCAAACAGGCAGGCAUUCUGGGAACAGUGACUUGUGGCCUCCGUUCCAGCUGCUGAGGGAUCCACACCCUGCUCUUAAAAAUCUACAUCAGGUGCUCCACUGCAAAGCUCUCCAUGGUGCUUUAUUCAUUAUUCUCUACAAGGCUGUGAAUAGCCAGUCAGUCAGUGAGCCUGUUCUGUACCUGUGCAUUGCUCUACUAGAUAUGAUGCUGCAGUCUCCACCCGACGUCAUUGCACAAAAGGUAGAAAGGUUCUUGGCCAAGGGAGGCAGAUCCUUGAAUCAGGAGCAAGCUUUUAAAAUGACUCCUGCACCAGCAGUCAUUCAGGACGGCGACUUCUCAGCCAUGUUUUCAGACAACCAGAUUCUAAGCAACUUGGGUCAUCGCAUCCACACCGUGGAGAUCCCUAGCAGGGCCAUGUAUGAAAAACCUUCCACGUCCAGACAGAGGACAGUUCACAGCACCGACCAACUCCUGCAACAACUGCUGGAGGAGGAGGUCGGUAUCGUUCACCAGAACCUGUUUGGCAUGCCACCUGUCCUCCAAGCAACCGGAGACCAAGGAGGGAUGGAGGAAGGGGAGGAGGUCUACGUGGAGCUUGAGGGGGCAGAUGAAGAGGAUUGGGUGGAGCUGCAGGAUGACGAAGAGGCGGAGGAAAUGGAAGUUGAGGAAGGGGAGGAGUUUGAUGUGGACACACCCACAAGUGCGGGAGCUACAGCCACCGAGUCUUCGUCUGGCCGGAGCUCGGGUGAGUUGUUGGCCUCAGCCGGCCCACCCAGGAAGGCAGCCAAGGUCAGCACGGUCCUGUGGACCCCCAGCAAGCUACUGACCAUCAAGGAGAGCAUGCUGGAGUUGCUGGUCAAACUACACGCCAAGAUGGCAGGCAAGGAAGGCUUCUAUACACCACCUUCCAUGAGGACAGGAACGGAGAGCAAGACAGAGCCUGGUGGUGUUCAGGUUGGUGGUGGCAUGUUCUACAUCAAGCGUCUACUGGACAAGAUCUGUGCCUUGCAUCCAGCGAGUCUGAAACAAUUGGAAGAGAUAUGUCAACUGAAGCAGCAACCUACAUCAGGAACACAGGAAACUGACGCACAGAGCACAGCUGCCGACAGGCGGAAGAAAGCACGGGAGGCGCAGCAAAAACUGUUUGCCAAGCUAGCCGCAGAACAGAAAAAAUUCAUCGAGAAAUCCUUGGAAACAGAGGAUCCCUUGGAUAUAUCACUCGAUGCUGAUGAGGAAGGGCAGGCUACAGGAGCUGACAAAGCCUCUGCUAGGGAAAUAUUUGAAUGUGUCAUAUGCGGCCAAGCAGCGCCCUCCACAGCCGACAAACCGAUUGGCAUGGUGGCACUUCUGCAAGCAACCAGUGUACUCGGCCACCGCUCGCAGGUUGCGGAGGCCCAGAGCUUACCAACGAGCAACAGUGGAGCGGUCAGCAUCAAAGGACGAUGCAAGGAGGUCCACCAACAGAGAAAAGCAGAUCUGCAGAGCAACUUUGACAAGUCGUCAGUGCAGAUGUCAGUGAAUGUCGGUUGGCACGGUGGAAUCCAUAUUCAGAGUUGUAGGCAUUACAUUCAUCUCAGGUGUCAUGAGUCUUACAUCAGAUCAUUACGGCAACAGGAUUACCAAACCCCUCAGUUGCAAGUCAGAGACAAGGGUGAGUACGAGUGUCCGCUGUGUCGACAGCUGGCAAACUUUGUUCUGCCAUGCCCGCCGUCUGUAGAGGGCUGCGUAGUGGCAGGACCCAGCCCUGAGACCCGAGGUCACGCUGCAGUUGUUGCAGAGGUCACAGAGAAACUCAGACUCAACAGGGAAGGCUUCAAGGAAUCAUUGAAGGGAAUAAUCACAUCCAUCAGGGAUGUCUUUCAGCACCGACUCUUGAGAGAAAUCAGGCACAGAUCAACAUCUCUUGAGUCCCUACUUCCUUUUGACCAUUCUGAAGUGGUUGACAUCAUUCUGUGCUCAACAGCAAGAGUGAACCUGGAGUUAGACCUUGUUGUCCGAGAAACCUUACUGCAUCCCCCAUCAACUUGCCAAUCAUCCACAAACAGGAGAACUUGCAUUGGCACUCUGCUGGAAGUCCUGAGCUUACUCCUGGACAAAAGCCCUGUCGGUUUGGCUACCAAGCCGUGGUCCUUGUUGACUGAUGUAAAGCAAAUCAGAGCACCAUCAACGUCAAGGAGUAGCGGAUCAGCCAGUGAGGUUCCUCUGCUUCUGAGAGACCCAGUAGCCAUGCUGAUUAAUUUGGUACUAGCUAUGCAGCAUCCGGUGUCGAAAGAGCAUUUCACGUGCAUGAUCCGAGCACUAUAUGCUCCUCUGUACAUACAAGCCCUGUCUGUCAUCAGUUGCAGAAUGCCAGACACAGAGAGGCGAGCAUGGGCUGAAAGUGGUCAGACUUGCCAGGAUCACUCCAGCCAAAUACAGAUGCAACCCUUGCUAAGUCAGAUAAUAAAGAUGUACUCUCAGAGCACACUGUACGAGGAUACUGAGUCACAUGAGCAACUAGCAAUAUGCCAAUCAGUCUGGACCCUCCAGUGCAUUGAGACUGCCAUACAGGAGUAUUGUCUCCCGUUCCUACGCAUCGCUGCUCUGAUGCAGCAUCAUCUGUUCCGGGAUGAACUACCGACUUGCCAGAAACAGGAACUAGAGUUUGAGUUGAUUGUCAAUUACCUCCAGCUGUGCACAGCGCCCUCUACAGGGGAGCAGCAAGCCGACCUGUACAGUGCACAGUGUCUUCAUUUUGUCUGCAACCCGUCAGAAUUUCUGAUGGGUUGGUGCCAAGACCUGCUGGCAUUUGUCAGGAAAAAUCGUAAAACUGCAAAGAGUCUUUUGUUGUACAAUCCUGUCUUCUUCCCACCCCGACUUCUCCAACUACCUAAGAAUUACGAUGCCGUGUUCCAGUACUACCGAGAACAGAAGUGUCGUUACUGCCAUCAGGUACCCAAUCGGCCUGCUCUCUGCCUGGCGUGUGGCACCUUUAUUUGUCUGAAUGGGUCCAGGGCGGGGUGCCAGAGGGCCAGUAUUGCAGAGCACAAUAUGUCGUGCGGAGCUGGGACGGUCAUCUAUCUGGACAUAAAUUCCUCAACUGUGAUCAUUGUUCGAGGCGAGAGGCUCUGCUAUUGGGCGUCCGUUUAUCUGGACAGACAUGGUGAAGAGGAUCGGGAACUCAAGAGAGGUAAGCCCUUGUACCUGUGUCUUCAGCGCUACAAGGUGCUGGAACGUCUCUGGAGAAGUCACACAUUAAAUCAUUCAUGUAAGAACUGGGUAUGGCGUGGACCCCAUCAUUUUUGAGUGCCAAUAGACUGGACACUUUGCCGCUGUUGCCAACACUGUGUCACUGUCACUGGAACCACUUAGAUAAUUUCCACAUUUACUGUGCUCUUUUAAACUCACAAACCCAAACAAAGCUUACUGCCAUUAACGAAUUAAGAUUUAAAUCCAUAACCCCGCUUUGACUCGAUGACUAUGAAAAACAAGAACAUUGGCCCGACUGUGGCAGUGUUGACCACAAAUACAUGAAGGACGGUGGUUAAUUCUGAAGAAUGCGAGGGUUAAGUUAUAUGCUAACGUUGUAGUUAUGUGUACAUGUGUGUAAUAUAACUUUGGGCAAGUGCAUAAGGCACAGGUGUAAAGCGACAACAUGGGAAGGGCUGUGUAGUUGGUUUUAGAGCACGAGUAUCAGACAUGCUCUAGCUCUAGAUUUGUGCAUUUACGAGAAAUUAUCCUAGUUGCUUAAUUUUUUUGGGAGGCUGAGAGGUCCGUGCCUAUUCGACCUACUAAACUCACCCUUUUUUUCAGUUAACCCGAAAAAGUUGUGUACAUCUCACUGCCGGGAGGGGAUGGAACAGAUUCUGCCCACUUUCCAGUCAGCAGAUGCUGCUUGAACUUUGUAUGAACAUAGACACUUCAGGCAUGCUCUAUACCUCUGCCAAAUUUCAGCUGAAUUUGACAAAGCCAUUUGUAAUGACAGUCCAUCUUAUUACACAUCUCCGUCCAUUAAUCAGCGCUUUUGUCCUGUGUCCGCGCAUGGAUACCACACUCAAUAAUAAGGGGUGUGGUAAAGGAAGACCAUAAUAUGGUCUGUCUUUUACUACCUCGUUAGGAAUGUUAGUCCUCGCAAUUCACUAGUCACUGCAUUUUGUUCACCGAGGCAUGCUCAGUAUAGCUAAAUAUUCUGGAUUGUUUAUUGCCCUAAUAAUUAUCAAACUACAUCAGCAAUGAAAUUGUUACUUAACAGACAAUAAAUGUUAAUGAGUGCAGCGGUACAAGGAUAACUUAAGGAAGUGACAGAUUGAUUGAUUUAUUCCAUGAAGUGCUGCCCUAUGGAGUAGAACAUUCACUUUGUAUCCCAAUGAAAUUGUUCUUUCCACUGCAAGAAUAUGACACAUUCAUCAUUUGUUUUAUAAAAGGCCGGAUGAAUAAAUCCUUUGUGAACUUUGUGUGCAGGUCGCUGUUUUACUUUGUCAGCCUGACAGUAAAUCGGAGCAUGACGUUUUUACAAUUUGACUUAGUUCAUGCUUACAGAGACAUUCCUACAGGUGUGUCUAACAAUUUGCCUUGAUCGUUUUACGACCCACUUAAUUUGUUGUUGUUUUGUUUUCUCUCAAAAGUAUACCCACCAUUUAUGAAUGCAGAAUUUCCUCAUCUGAUCGAUACAGAACAAUGUUUUGCAUAAAUCAGUAUCUUGCAAACUUUGGGGGUGUGUUUUGUGCAGAGCCAUGACUGUCCGUGUAUGCUUGCAUACAUGGUAGAAUAUAAAUAUUUAUGUGUGGAGAACAGAUUACGGUGACAUGAAUAUUCAAUAGGGUAUAUUCAUUGGUCUGCCCGUAAUUAUAUGGCAUAAUUAAUGACGUGGUCGAAAGCCCACUAAUCAGACGGUAGGGUUUAUUUUGGUGUUGUAUAAAGUCUAAUGAACAUCUUCUGUUUAAAAGGGAAGAGUUUCAAGGGACUUGUUGAGCCAUUUGUAGUAUAUUCCCAGUACCUAUCCAAAUUCUUUCCCUACGUCAAAUUAUGGAAGUAUCUUUCUCCCGGCAACUCUCCUCCCUUGACGACCAUGAAGUUAGUACACAGUCAUCGAACCGUUGCAAUUACUCAGUUCUGUUUGACCCUCCAUGCACAUUUCUAAAAAGCAAUAUUUACGCAUAUUAAUUUAUGACAAAUUUUUGCUUGUAUCAAACUGCGAGGGUGCUUUCUCCCGCAUGAAACUGAUUUUCAUGCCAGAAUGAAAUCCAGUCUCUCCAGCUUAAACGCUUUACUACAGUACACCCGGCUUACAGCAAAACUCAUUUGUACAUUAAGCGAUAGUGUGCCCACUGCAGACCGCGAUUGUUAAAGCUAUUAUGCGCGAAGCCUUUGAAACAUUUAUUACCGCCGAUUUUUUCUUCAUUUUGUAGAGGAUGUUCACGAGUACUUGAUGUAUUUACAAGCUCAUUACCUUAGUUUAAAACUCUUCUUUGCAAAUCGAAUAUAUAUUCCCGACUAUAUAGUAGGGUAUUCAGUAAUUAUUAAACACGUUUGGUCAGGAUCAUAUGUGUAAUCAUCAGGAAGCUCAUUUAGGUACGGGCUAUACGUCGUGCUAUUGCCGUGCCGAACUUCUAAGUAAUUUGAUUUGUUGAAGUUUGGCACGUAGCACGGUGUACAGCGUAGGACUUGCCCUUCAACACAAGCAUUGACUUUUAUGAUCAAAUGAGCGGGUCCUGCUAUAUGAAAUAGACCUAAACGGAUAUUUUCAGUAUCAUUUAACCCUCUGUCAUAUUUAAUCUUAUUGUACGGUGCAUGAAAGUUAUACUGUUUUAUAAUAAGUUAAGGGUUGUCUGGGGGAGCAAAGAACAGGUGGGCCAACUGGCCCAUAAACCUUGCAAGUCAGUCACACAGCCGGAAAAUCAGCCAACUCGGCAUUCCAUAGGACCUGACAAGCGGAUAUUGAGUUUGAGGACUUCAAAGCUCUUCAAAAUGUGGCUCCCUGUGAGCUCUGUAUGUAAGUGUGUGCGCUGUCCUUUGACAGGGCUUCAGUCAUUUACAAGGCCAAUGGCUUGAUUAUAAAUAUUAGUACAAAUCAGUAUCGUACAGCAAUCGAAGGUACUCGAUCAGCAUAAUCAAACUUCUACGGAUUUGGUCAGUUACGUGGUUUGGGCAAUCCAGAACGAUAUGUUGAACGACAUAUUUAGUUUGAAGGUACCCGAAUUUUGGAAGUAUUUUGUGUGUGAUGUAGAUUUCCUUUUUGACGUGUUACAGUAGAUUGAACUUUUUUACACACUUCGGGGAAGGGUAAACAAAAAGUUCCCAAAAUGUAACCCAAAAAUUGGCCUUAUGGGUGUGGCUUCUCUAAACUCCCCCACUAAUGAGAAGCUGAUUUUCAAAGGGUUUAACGGGUUCCAUGCACCGUUAUCCUCCGCGACCAGCCGCAGAAUAAAUCUUAUGAUAUAAGUAAACAAGUGGCAAAAUUAAAAAAAAAUUGGAUGCGUUAAAGUUCCCAAAUAAUAUAUCCCCAAGUUGGCUUAGAAUGCAGAAAAAGCAACACUACACCUUAAAUUUAAAGAACUCAGUGUACCAGAUUUUAUUCAAACUUGACUCGCAAAAUGCCUAUUUGGACCAUCCGUCAACUCCGGUAUGAGUCAGGGAUAUUGUGAGAUGGAGACCUUGAACAUGUACGGCUUUGUAAAGAGUCGUGGUAACAUUGUAAAUGGGCAGGUUGAGAUAUUUUUAAUGGGAACGAAGAUAGGGUCAUUAGCAGGAUAUUAACGAUAUAAAGUUAUUCAUAGCCCCUUUACCAUCCCAUUUAUCAUCAACAGUCCAAAACUGCGGAUCCAGCAAUGUUGUCAGGAGAAAAGGCGUGUCGAGAUCUGUUACGGAAAUAAUGAAGUGAUACAUCAAAAUGAUUUGAGUAACUAAUUGUGGAAUUGGAUGGAUAUUUUCCCCACGCUCUGUUCUGUUUUCGACCUGUAUGCAUUUUACUCAGUUAAUAGCCCUGUGUACAUGGCCUCACGUAAAAUGUAUUAAUCUCGCGGCUUUUUGACAUCAAAGUAGGCUACACGAUGUUGUCUUUAAUUUGGUUAGUAAAUAGCUUGGGCAAAUUAAGUGAAAACCAUUGAAAAUUAUUCUCGAAUUUAUGAAAAUGAUCCUAUAAUCUUAAUUUUUACACAAAUUAAUACCAUUCAAGUAAAUUGUUACACAGUUUUUAUUGAGGAUGGAACGACUACCAGAUUGAAAUAAACUAUGUAUAUGAAAACGGAA